CGCCCAUGGAGAAUUAAAUUCCAAGCUCACUGAUAAACAGGGGUUGUAGCUCAGAUGGUAGAGCGAUCGCUUUGCAUGCGAUAGGUAAGGGGAUCGAUGCCCCUCAUCUCCACUACUUCCGUUUUCUUCUUUUUGUUUGGGAUGGCGGUCGAGCGCGUCCUCGCCUUCUCUUUUCUCGCGAUAAUCUCCUUCUCGCAAUCUCUAGCCAAGAGCUUCGAUCUCCCGGACCACUGGAGCGCGAGCAAUGACGCUAGUUUGGAGCAGCUGGAUGCUGCUAAUGGGAUCGGCCACUACCGAUUGAUCCCCGCUCCCUCCUCUCCGGGCGAGAAGCUCGUCAGCGCCAAUGGUACGUUUGCCCUCUGCUUCUUCACCUUCCGCGGCACAGAGAAAUCCCACCUCUCGAUCGUCAUCCGCAGCGCUAAUUCGCCCAACACCUCCGCCGCCGUCGUGUGGACGGCAAAUCGGCGCGAUCCCAUCCGAGGAGGCGGCGCCCUGCGCUGGAAUUCCACCAAGAAAUCCCUGGAUCUCAGCGAUCUCGACGGGAAUACCGUCUGGAGCACCGAUCCAUCCAACGCAACCACGAUCGAGCUCCAAGAAUCGGGAAAUCUUGUGCUCCGUGACGCCGGCGACCGCGAGGUCUGGCAGAGCUUCGACAAUCCCAGCGAUGUCAUCCUCGAGGGGCAGAAGAUCUUCACGGGGCAGCGAUUAACAAGCAGCAAGAAUCGAUCGAGCUUGGAGGAGGGGAAUUUCGAGGUCGCCAUAGAGCCCAAUGGAGUAGGGUUCUACCUCGUCAAAGAUCCUUCGUCUUCUUCUUCUUCCUCGCUCAAAGAGCCAUACUUCCAAUGGGCUCUCUGGAACCAAGAUAACAAUCGCCCAGUGGACUCGCCAUGCCAGACGUACGAGACCGUACUUGAAUUGCGCCCGGGGGCCAUUGUUAUGUCGUACCAGAGGUCCCGCGCGGCCGUACUCCAGGGCGGGAACUUUUCAAAUUUCCCCAGGUGUGGACCGGACCUCUCUACGAACCUCCCGGGCGAGCGAGGAGCCCUAAAUUUCAUCAAGCUCGACAUCACUGGCGAUCUGGUCCAGCAGAGCUUCGAUGCCGCGGCAUCGAUCUGGCAGAGCUUCUCGACCCCGGUGAGGAGCCAGGUCGGUGCUUGCUUGCCGAUGGCAUGUGGAUCGAAUAGCAUCUGUCGGGGUAGCGGCCAAUGCGAGUGCUUGAUCAAGAACCCUAGCAGCGGCAGCGGCAGCGGCAAUCUAUCUUGUCCAGCUCCAAUCGAAAGGCCGCUGGCGUGCAGCAAUCUCGAGGCCAGGAAUCACCACUUCUUGAAUGUAAGCGGUGCUUCGUACUUCUCCAAUCGCUACAGCACCCCCGAUAGGGUCUCCAGCUUCCAGGAUUGCUCGCGGCUCUGUCUCGCGAAUUGCUCCUGCCGCGUAUUCUUCUACAACACCGAUGGCUCGUGCUUCUUUGUCAACCGCGUCUACGGCAGCCUCACCGCGGAUUCGUCCUCCACCGCCUACCUCAAGAUCCAGAAUUCCGAGUUUGUGGAUCCAAACAAACGCCAGAAGACGAUGGCGGUGGCUCUGGGAGUGAGUGGAAGCGCUCUCUUUGUGGUGCUGUGCGUCAGCGCUGUGGCAUUCUACAUGUGGCGGAAGCAAUCGAGCAGGAUAGCUGGAACGCUGGCCGAGGCUUUGCAGGGAUCGAUCCAUCGAUUCACGUACAAGGAGCUCGAGUUGGCGACAGCGAAUUUCUCGUCGAUGGUCGGUAGUGGCGGAUCAGGGACAGUGUUUCAGGGAACCUUUCUCGAUGGCACCAAGGUGGCGAUCAAGAAGCUGGAGAACACCAGCCAGGGGCAGAAGGAAUUCGUGGCGGAGGUGAACAGCAUUGGUAGCAUCAGCCACAUGAACAUCAUCAAGCUCUGUGGAUUCUGUGCCGAACGAUCGCAUCGUUUGCUUGUCUACGAGUUCAUCGCCAAUGGGUCUCUGGAUCACUGGCUGUUUCACGACGACGCUGCUAGCCAGGAUUCGUCCGCCAACUUUCUGGAUUGGAGGACUCGAUUUGGCAUCGCUCUGGGUGUUGCUCGAGGUCUGUCCUACUUGCACGAGGAAUCCAGGCAGCUGAUCAUGCAUCUAGACAUCAAGCCGCAAAACAUCCUCUUGGACGAGCAAUUCGUGGCCAAGAUCGCCGACUUUGGGACGUCCAAGCUCAUGGCGAGCAGGGAAAUCAGCCAGGAGACGACCAACGUACGAGGAACUCCCGGCUACUUGGCUCCAGAGUGGCUGCUCCACUCGGUGGCGACGAAGAAAUGCGACGUGUAUAGCUAUGGAAUGGUGCUGCUGGAGAUCAUCGCUGGGAGGAGGAACUUGAUGAGCUCUUGCGAGGACGAAGAUCUGGCGUGGUACUUCCCGGCCUUGGCGGUGAAGAAGGCGUCGCAGGGGAUGAUCCGGGAGAUCUAUGACAGGAGAAUUGCGGGAGAAGUGGAAGAGAAAGAGGGCGAGAGGAUCGCUCGCGUCGCGCUGUGGUGCAUCCAAGAGAAUCCCGCGAUGAGGCCGUCGAUGGAGAGCGUCGUGAAGAUGCUGGAGGGACUGGAAGAAGUUUUGGAUCCGCCGCUAGAGUUCCACUUCGCGCUCCAAUCGUCCGGGAUCAUCAGCAUCUCCACCAUCGCCAAUAGCCUCGCCUUUGAAGAUGACCUAAAUUUGAAAAGCAUAGAUAGCGGGAAGGUCUAGGCAUAACCAUGAGCAUAUGCCAAAGCAAAUAUUCUUUCUUUCAAUUCAGAGCCCUAAAGUUUAGUUC